CGUGUGGCAAAACCGUUAAAACUGUUGUAACAACAGUUACAGUCUGCCGGAUGUGCUGUAUGGCAUUUUAAUGGAUUCUAUGCAAAUCUGAGGGAAAAUCAAGCCUUUUGAAAGUCAAAUGUAUCUACAACUAAAAUACGUGCAAAGAGCUGGUUUUUGGAGAGAAGAAAACUACUGACCAAGACAGCAGUGCUAGUGCACAAAGGAAUUUACAGCCAUAAUCAUGUUUGUUUUUCUGCUGAUCGCAUCAAUGUUUCGCCAAGGUCUUACAGUAGUGAGCUAUGGAGACAACUUUAUAACUGCCUUCCCAGAGAACCUUGGUUUCUUCUAUCCGUCUGAAACAAUGAACUAUCUGAGAGUCACAGCCCUUCAUAAUAACACUAACUUCAAAGUCUUCUACAAAAACACACAGAGAGACCUUCAAAUUCCAGUGUCAGGGCAAACCAUGAGUGUUAUAUUUUCAAGGUCUGACGUAAGUCAACUGGGGUCCUCAAGUUUAUCUAUCAGAAUUACCAGUGACAAGAACAUCACAGUGGUUUCUUUAAGUCGCCGGGCAGGCAGCACUCAGUCCUAUGUCGUUCAGCCAACGGUAAAUCUCGGCACAAACUAUUUGAUCCCUUUGUUGGAUUACCCAAGGUAUCUUGAAUCAUUUAACCUAUCUAGGAUUGUCAGUACAACCAUGAGAUACAGCUCAAUCAAGUUACUUGUUAUCAAUGCAGCGGACAGUCAAAACAGCGUCACUAUAGUCAAGCAAACAUCAGCAGGUGUUCAAGAAGAGACAUUCGAUAUCGAUUCCUACGAGCUGUACCAGCUUCAGACCAACGGUUCUAUUUUGAGGGUCAAAUCUAGCAAAGAAGUCGCUGUGAUAUUGACCCACCCGUGUUUAGAGACUGGGGGCUGUAACUGUAACAUGGUAGUGAAUCAGAUUCUUCCCACAAAGUUUCAGGGUCAGAGCUUUAUCGUACCUUCCAACUUCAAUGUUUCCGAGACCAAGUUACUUAUGCUUUCAGAAAACACUUCCUCGCUAUUUCACAAUGGUAACACGUUACAGGCUACUCCUUCAACGCUUCUGCCAUUUCCAGACCUGCAGAAAUCCCAACUGAUAAAUGCUACAGAGCAAGUCUCCCUCAGACUUAUCAGUCCAGGCCUCAUUGUGGAGUUGAUCCCAGAAACCAUGUUUUUUGCUUGCUACCUGCUGCAGUUUGAUAAACCAAAUGGCAUGGCUUUGGUGAUCGCUGAAACAGACAGCAAAGAUGAUGUGCGCACACAUGCAGGUUUGCUCUCAGCUUCUAACUGGACUGCAGUUGCUGGCACAAACUACUCCUCGGUUGUUGUAACUAUACCAAGUUUUAUUGCCACAAUCUGGCAUCCCACAUCAAGGAUUGGCGUUUAUAUGCUGGAACAAAUGCCUGCAAAAGUAAUGUUUGGAGGCCCGGCUGUACCAAUCAGUCAAAAACCAGAUCUUCAUGGCUGUGUGGUAGUUCCUGGAGCAUUUAGAAUUGGUCAUGACCCUCUGACUUGGGCAAAGUCUCAUGAGUACUGCAUCAAUAAAGGAUGUCAGUUUGCCUGUCCUGUAACUAAAUCUGUCCAUAAUGACAUGGCUGAUAACUUGACCAAGGAGGAUGGGGAUGGCUGGAUCGGUCUCCGCCGCAGUUUACUAACUACAGACUGGUACUGGCAGGAGGACGAUGAUCUCUCAACCUUUGUGAAUUAUGUUCACUGGGAUGAUGGGCAUCCACUGGACCCUGUGAAGGGCUUAUGUACGUCAGUGUCCCUUGACCCUAACAAGGAUUUCAAAUGGCAAAGUGCACGCUGCUGUGAUAAAAAGAAGCCAGUCUGCUACAAAAGGCCAGCAUACCUCAACCCUUCACUAGAAUUGUUGCAAGCCAAUGUUUUUUAUUAGUGCUAAUUAGUAAUGCUAUUCUUUAGGUUCAUGAAGUUCAUACCUGCAUAUCUAAGCUGUAUCUUUGCAAUGCCUUUAUGUUAGAUUUAUUUUAGAUACAUGGUUAUUAACAUUUUGACAUUAUACCAAGCAGUUGCAUUGAUACCAUGAAUGUAUGGUGACAUUUUGAAUUUAACUCAAAUGGAAGCAGGAAGUAGAUCUAGAACUUAUGAAUGUCACAUCAACAGUAAAAUGUAUAUCAUCAUUAAAAUGAACAAAAUAUUAAAACCAAUGUCCAACUUUUUUAAAGCGUGACAUUUGGUCUCAAUCAUAAAUUAUAAUGCAUCAUGUUUUUUUUUUGUUUGUUUAAUUUGCAUGCAGUCCUUAUUUGUGCCUUAUUAAGUAUUUAUUUUCGUAGUUGUUGUACAGUGUGGUAACAUCUGCCGAUUUUAUGCUAAGAAGUUCAUUAUAGUGACUGAUUAAAUAGUUAUUACCUAGCAUACAUAUGUCUAAAUAAAGCAUGUAGUGACCAAUUCCUGUAUAACCUACUUCAUAUACCAAACUGCUGUACUCAUUUUCCAUAAAGAAUAUGUGAAAAUC